CUCCUUCCUGCCAGCCUCGACUUCCAAAAACAGAUGAGAGGACGAAAAGAAGAAGAAAAAAACACAGAAAACCAAGAAAAAGUAACACCAGAAACGGGCUCCUUUGUCUUCUUCCAAAGGGCCCCUCUCUCUCUCUCUCUCUCUCUCUCCCUCUCUCUCUCUCUCCCUCUCUCUCUCAUGAAAUGAAUUGAAGGGAGGGAAAAGCUGAAGAGGUUGGUAUUGGUGCAAAACACAGGCAACUUAUGACAUUGCAAAAAGAGGGAGUUGGUGCCUCUUUGCUGUUAAUUCUUUUGGGAACUGUCAAGAAGGCUUGUGGGCGGUGAUAGAGGAGGAGGAGGAGGGCACUUGAGAUUUUCAAAUGUUUAUGAAAGGGAUGUUCGAAGGCAGGCAAACACACAGCGUGGUGUUGGAACCCACCAGCAGUACUUCACCAGAAGAGAAGCAGUUGUGCAAGAGCAUUAGCUCCAGAACAUUCAAAGAGCGAGGUGCGGAGAAUCCGGUAGGAUGGCCGCUUGGACUAUCUGCUGAGAACGGCACAAAAUCAAAACCCAACAAAGAUGCAGGUGGAAAGGACAAACCACCUUCAGACCUGGAUCAGAUUAAGGAAAGGUUUGCUAAAUUGCUCUUGGGAGAAGACAUGUCUGGUGGUGGGAAGGGGGUUUCCUCUGCAUUAGCCCUGUCCAAUGCAAUCACUAAUUUGGCAGCUUCUGUAUUUGGUGAACAAUGGCGGUUGGAGCCCAUGUCAGCGGAGAGAAAAGCAAGGUGGAGAAAAGAAGUCGAUUGGCUUUUGUCUGUGACUGAUCACGUUGUGGAAUUUGUUCCUUCACAGCAGAAAGCGAAAGAUGGAUCCUGCAUGGAGAUAAUGAUAACACGCCAGCGGAAGGAUCUGCACGUAAACAUUCCAGCUCUUCGGAAGCUCGAUGCCAUGCUAAUCGAAUACCUCGACAAUUUUAAAGAUCAGAAUGAGUUCUGGUAUGUUAAAAGGGAUGAAGAUGAUGACAAAGGGGAUGGAGAACAGAGACACGGGGACAAAUGGUGGCUUCCCAGACCAAAGGUCCCUCCAGAGGGACUCUCUGAUAUGUCCAGAAAAUGGCUUCAAUAUCAGAAGGAAUCUGUUCAACAAGUGUUGAAGGCAGCAAUGGCAAUCAACGCGCAAGUUCUGUCAGAGAUGGAGAUACCUGAAGCCUACAUUGAAGCCCUUCCAAAGAAUGGACGAGCAAGCUUGGGAGAUUCAAUCUACAGAAGCAUCACGCUGGAUUGCUUCGACCCCGAAGAGUUUCUUUCUACGAUCGAUCUUUCAACAGAGCACAAGAUUUUGGACUUAAAGAACAGGAUUGAAGCGUCGGUUGUGAUUUGGCAAAGAAAGAUGCAUAACAAGGAUGUCAAGUCAACAUGGGGUUCUGCUGUGAGCCUAGAAAAGAGGGAGCAAUUUGAGGACAGAGCGGAGACCAUCUUGCUUCUUAUUAAGCAGAGAUUUCCUGGGAUUCCUCAAUCCGCUCUAGAUAUCAGCAAGAUACAAUACAACAGGGACGUUGGUCAAUCUGUAAUAGAAAGCUACUCCCGAGUACUGGAGAGCUUGGCAUUCACAGUCAUGUCCCGAAUCGAUGACGUUCUCUAUGCAGAUUCCCUCACACAGAGCCCUUCAAAACACCACCGUAAAGCUUCUUCUGGUGCUGAACCUAUAAAAUUAACUACAGGGGAAGAAGCAGAAAAGAACUUCAUGGAAAGUGGCCCAAAUUCUAUGACACUGUCCGACUUCAUGGGCUGGAAUUUGGAUCAAGAAACAGAUGUAAAUGAUAAAACAGGGCAAACCGAAGGUGCCAAGUGCGUAGAUGACGGCAAACUAUUCUCAAAGCCUGUCAACCUUAUAACGAACAUGAGGUUCAUCGAGAAACUUGAGAACUUUGGUGGCCUCAGAAGUCCAUCAUCACGACACUGAAAUCUUCACAUAGAGAAAACGUAUAGAAAACAGCACAAAGUGGAGCUUGUCAUAGUCACAGAAGAUUCACGACCACCUGCCAUUUCUGCAGCUUGCAGCUGAAGAACCGGCCACGAACAAGCUGUAGUUACGAGGUGCCCGUAGCCGAACAGGCAGAUAAACCUUGUAGAAAUAAGAGGUUCGGUGAGCAAUUUUGCAACAGACCAAUAUUUUUUUCUGUUGUACAAAUUGGGGGAAGAGUCUUCUGAUGUAUCUUUCUUUAUUUUUCAUGUAUCGAGUGAACACUGGUUGCCGGGAAUCUAGGUAACCAAAUGAAAUGUAUCCUUACAACUAAGGAACUGUACCACUAAGAAAAGUGUAAGCAGCUGAUUUCAGAGUUCUGUCAAGCUCUGUACUGACUAUGGCGGGCUAUAAAUGACAGGCAAUGGAUAUUACAGUGUCUCAGAAGGCAAACGAAAACUACCAAGAAGUGAUGGUU